AUGGCGAGUGUGACCCUGCGCCUGGGGCCCGAGCAGCUCAAGCCCUUUGUGAGUGCGAUCACGUGCGUGAGCAAGGCGGGGAAGGAGAUCAGCCUCGAGUGCGACGCCGAGACCAUCACGCUCCGCGCGCUCAACGACGCGCACUCGGCGUCGGCCGAAAUCACCUUUGACAGCGGCUUUCUGGACGGCUACGCGCCGCCCUCGCUCGCCGGCGACGGCCGCCCGACCGCGCUCGUGAAGUGCACAACCAUGGCGAGCACGUGGCAGUCAGUCUUUCGAUCGCUCAAGAACGUGCUCUCGAUGGAGAUUAUGCUCGAGGUCGAGGACGACGACGCUGGCCAUGGCCACGACGCGGUCGACGCCUCCGUGAUUGUGUUUCGCCUUUGCUGCGACAAGCGCAUCACCAAGACACACCGCAUCAAGACGACUGACACGCAGACGCUGCGGCCCAUCUUUGACAAGGCGUCGUCGCCGAACCGCAUCAAGAUGCGCCCUUUCCACCUCACGACGCUCCUUCAGCACAUUCAUGGCACGGACGAAGUGAGCAUGUCGUGCGGGAAGGAUCAAGUUCGCUUUGAGAGCUACUACACCAACCCGCUCGAUGUCAAGAAGCACGUGCACACCGAGACGACGGUCGACACAUCCGAGUUCAUCGCGUACGUCUUCGAGUCUGGCGCGGAUGCGUUGAACGAGGCGGCGCUGCUAGCAUACUGCGACGCGUGCGGCCUCGCCGAGCUCGUCUUUUACUUCAGCGACGGCGGCAGCCCGAUCCUACUCUCGACCGAGUCGGUGGCCACGGCCUCGUACGGUGCCCAAAUCGUCCUCUCAACAGUCGCGACACUCCACGCCGGGCCGACCCAAGACGCAUGCCCGUCGCAAGAAGCCGAGUACGAGCACAACGCAUCCUCCACGGCCAAAAAGCAGAAGCGGUCCUCUUCCUAA